AAAUGUACAUGUAUAUAAUAAUUUACUUUUGAAGGUUAUCCGUAUUUAGUUAUAAAAUAAUAUUCAUUAAUUUCACGUACUCUAAAUUAAGUUCGAUUCGAUUCAAUCAAUAAAUCGUAGCAUCAAGAUCCUGCAUCGUUCGAAUUCUCGUAUAGAUUAUGUUUAUUUCGACCGUAAGAUAAAACAAAGAUCUGUUAAUCCAUGAAUCGAAGCAAAAUGAUUUUAAAUGGUAUAGCUGUACAUUUUGUAACAUCUGUUUUUGCUUUGUAAUUAUUAUAUAUCACGAAAGCUAGAAGAAAAACGAGUUAAUUUUGUAAGGCGGUAUAAUAUAUUAAACUCUGUAUAUAUUUUGGAUAAUUAUUCUAAAUUAAAACUAUGUUUAAUGCUUAUUUUGUCCCAACUUAUUUUUCCCGUUAUGUGUAAUUAUUUUUCUAAAUGAACAUACUUGGCGGCCAACUUUUAUUUAAAAUGUAUCAAUUAAAAUACCAGUCAUGAAACAACGAGAAUUAAUAAUUUUUUCGAUCUAAAAAUAAUUACAGUUGAUCUCGAUUCGAAAUGGAACGCGUUUAAAUUAUCGCGCCUACUCUGGCGCGCAUACACGCACGUGUACACCGGCCACUGUGCAUUUUAUACUCUAUAGUUAAGUACAGAUAUGAUAACGAAUUAAAAAACCUAUUCUGUUAUGGAAGUAUAAAAAUAAAACAGCCGUAGUUUUUACUUAAAAUAUAUUAAGCAAUGUAGGCAAAGUAAUAAAAAGUUUUCAUGAAAUCUUCGGUCAAUGUACAAACUCGUCCACUUGAUCAACGGGUUUAUAUAACUAUUUAGAUCGAUGCUCGUUAUUCUUUACGAGUCGUUUUACUCGUAACUAGUGCAUAUCAGUCAAUUUUUCAGUCGUCUUUUAGAAGGAACUUUGUUGAAAAAUAGAAUAGGAAGGAGUGAAAAUCUAGCAAAAUGAAUCGUGUUAAGAAACUUUUGUCGAGUAAAGAAACUCGAGAUUAUUUUAUGAGCACACAUUUUUGGGGACCAGUAGCUAAUUGGGGUAUUCCAAUCGCUGCAAUUGCCGACAUACGAAGAGAUCCAAAAUACAUCAGUGGAAAAAUGACACUUGCUUUAUGCUUGUACUCUGCAAUGUUUAUGCGAUUUGCACUUAAAGUUGAACCAAGAAAUUUACUUCUCUUCGCUUGCCAUUUUGUUAAUGAAGGAGCACAGCUCACCCAAGGAUGUAGAUUUAUAAAAUAUAAUUAUAUGAGUAAUAAGGAAUAAUUAUUCUAACACUAGAUACUGUGGAUUAUUAGAGGUGUAAGCAAUAUUUGUACAAUACAUUUGUUAAAACUGU